UGCUAACGCCGUUAAAAAAGUGAACGUUAAUAGAAUAAGUGCGCAUACAAAAUUUAUUUGAUAAUUGAUUAAAUUGAAUUGAUUAAAGGUAAUUUCUUUAGUACAUUUAAUUAAUUAACGAUGAUUAAACAUAAAUAACUCGAUACCUUGCUGAUAAGUGCAAUCAGAUUGAGACGCAGCAACAACAACAGAAAUCACAGAACUUUGCUGAAACCGGUCCAGAGUAGUUGUUAUGUCAAAAGCUUUGUCAGUGUUAAAGCAAUGAGUGCCGCUUUAGGAUUACGGAAGUAUCAAGUGCAUCUUCUUCCGCUACUAUUGAUACUGAAUAAUAGUAUUAUCGGUACUUAUUGCUAUAAGGUGCCUCCUGUCACAGUGGAGCCAUUGGCCAGAGGCUUUCGUGUUUCCAUACCGGAUGAGAGUGGAGUCAAGAGUGUGGCAUUCAAUGUGAAUCGCAAUCGCAAUUUCACGGGAUUCGAACAGGGUGACUAUAGCGGUCAAGUGCAUGAGCCGCACAAUGGACGGUGGCAAUAUGAUUUCGUGAAGGGAACGCUGGCUGCGUAUGACACGCUGUUUUUGUGGACGAAUGUGCAGCACGGCACUGCCAUGUAUCGGGAUCAGGGUAAGCCGUUGGAUGCUUGCGAAUUGCCUGGGAAUUAUUUGCCACGGGGUUGCGCGAGAGUCGUCUCUGAAAUCGAUUAUAUGACGAGGGAGCAAUCAAGCAGCGUAGGCUCACAAUCGGAGCCGUGUGACGAGGGGAGCGAGACAGUGAUGUCACCACAAUUAGGCAGACCGCUUUGCAAGGGUCAAUUGAUAUUCGAGGAAAACUUCGACCAGCUAAACGAGAGUCUCUGGCAACACGAGGUGCGUGCUCCAUUGGAUAGCAUUGAUGCCGAGUUUGUGCUGUACGAUGGCAAGGCCCAAGUGCGUGACGGACAGUUGAGCAUUGAGCCAACGCUUUGGUCCAAUUACCGACCAGAUUUGCCCAUAACCCAUGCUCAACUUGAUUUGUCCGAGCGCUGCACGGGCACACACAAUCGACAAAAAGAGUGUGUACUGGUCACGAGUGGGCCAAUCAUUUUGCCACCGGUUGUGGCUCCACGUGUUACCACUAAAGAGUCAUUUCAAUUCAAGUACGGACGUGUAGAGAUUCGCGCUCAGCUGCCACGGGGAGAUUGGCUUAUACCACUGCUGCUGCUGGAGCCAUACAUGGAAUCGUAUGGCCAAACUGGCUAUGAAUCGGGUCAAUUGCGCGUCGCCAUGGCGCGAGGUAAUGAUCAGUUGCGUUUGCCCCAUGGAAAACUAAUCGAUGGGCGCACUCUGUUUGCGGGUCCUGUAUUGUCUGUCGAGGCAACGCAGCGUGAGGAUUUUAUGGUGCAAUUGCGACGUAGUGUUCAUUUUGGCAAUGACUUUCAUGUGUAUGGCCUCGAAUGGAGCAGCAAGAGUUUACGAUUUACCGUUGACGGCAUCGAGUUUGGUGAGCUGACUAAUUUCGUUGAUACCGGUUUAAAUCCCAGCUGGCGACGCAGCUCUUCACCAUUGGCGCCAUUCGAUCGCAUGUUUUAUAUUUCGCUAGGCUUAUCAGUUGGCGGAUUUGGCGACUUUGUUGAUAGACUGAGAACUGCCACCUAUGAGAAGCCCUGGCUCAACAAGCAUCCCCAGGCGAAACUGAAUUUCUGGCAGAGCCAGGAUAAAUGGUUGCCAUCGUGGAAGCAACCAAAGUUGCUUGUCGACUAUGUUCGUGUGUAUGCGAUUUAGCGAAUGUCUGCAUAGCAUUUUGUAAUUUAUACAAGGUUCUGUCCAUAUAUAAGGUAAUCAGAUUUUUCUUGAUUUUUGACUGCCAUCCCCAUGUAAUAGAAAGAAAUUUUUUAUGUAAUCCCCCAAUGAAUACGUAAUUAUAAAAAAAAGGUUUCGUAAUCAUUUUGGUCGAGCUACCUUUUUUUAUGGUUUUAUUUUAUGGAUUUUUUAGAGCAUGUGGAAUCCAAUUACUCAUUGUCAAAGACCCGCUUCAUCAAAAAUUAAAAAAAGAACAAAUAAUCAACUGCCAAGCUUCUUCCUCUAAAUUGAUUACGUAAUACAUAGACAACUCCGAAUUAGAAUAAGAAAUAUACUAUAGUUUUAUUAUUGAUAUAUUUGCAAAAGUUUACUGUUAUCAAUCCUCAGUAUAAAUGUUUUAUUCUUCGUCUGCAUGUGUGGUAAAGACACGUAUUGAAUCGAUAAUUAGUUUCGGUUGUGUCCAUGGGUUAUCUUCUACAUAGUCCAUAGCAACUUUGUCCGCACUUGCAUCAUUAAACUUAGAUAUACUACCAUGUUUGAUUUCACGAUCUGGGAAAUUAUGACGUCCCCCUGCAGUCAAUCCUAAGACGAGGUAAUAGUACUGAAAAAAAGUAUUUAAAAAGAGUUGUGUUAAUUGUAAUCGACGAAAUCAUUGUUGGGUCAGAGAAGCCACUUACAGCCGGAUCAUCCAAUUGCUUUAGAACUAUCUUAUCGUUUAUUUUGCCAUAUGUAGUGCCAUCGACUUUAAAUAUGAUGCGGUCCUUGUGCCAAAUCAUUGUAUAAUUGUGAAACUCAUCGCCGUAAUGUGCACCAGUGGUUUUUAAUGACAUACCAUGCUUUACCUCAUGGAGCUCGCCAGGAAAAGGCAUAAACAU